AUGGUCGGUCCACCCGUCAGCACCCGCGAUCGCCUUCAUCACCAGCACGCCCUGCUGAUCUCGCCUCCGGACGAGGACGUAGUCCAGCAGGUGCCACUGACGCGACCGAGAAUGCCUCCGGGUGGCCUUCUCUCGCUCCGGCAGACAGAAGAAGGUGUUCGUCAGGAUGAGGCGGUGUUCUGCGCAGGUGCGGAGGAGCAGCAGACCGUUGUCGUUGGAGUCGCGGAGACCGUGGAGACCCAGCACUCCUCUCCAGCCAGUAUGGUCUGUCAAAAGAAGAGUGGGCGUUCACCGGGAGGGGUUUAUUUGAGAUCCGACGUUUCGGGUAGUUUACUCGUCUACCCAUCUUCAGGGACUGAGAGGUCCUGUGCACAGCACUCCUUAUUAUGGCGCCCUUUGUCCAAAGCCCGCAGAAACCGCUAUGGCGAGAUUCUAUGGUCUCCCAAAUGUACACAAGCCAGAUGUUCCCCUCCGUCCUAUCGUCUCGCUCCGAGGCACACCCACAUACGGGCUUGCAAGCUGGCUAUUUCAGAAGCUAAGAUUCCUAACUGCAGGCUCACAAACAACGGUGCACUCAGCAGAACAAUUCCUUGACAAAAUAAGGGCAGUCACGAUCGAACCGAAUGAAAGGAUGGUGUCUUUUGACGUCGUCUCACUCUUCACGUCCAUACCACAGACCCUUGCGGUCGAAACGCUCAGUGACCUGCUACGUCAAAAUUACGACGGAGGCGAUGGCCAGCCCACAGCUCAGGAUCUCAUAGAACUCAUGGGGCACUGCCUCAAGACAUUCUUUACCUUCGAAGGGACCACAUACGAGCAGAUCAAGGGCACUCCAAUGGGUUCACCAAUCUCCGGACUCAUUGCCGAGGCGGUUCUACAAAAACUCGAGAGACGACUAUUCGAGGAGUACAAACCCAAGUUUUGGGCACGCUACGUUGAUGAUACCUUCGUGAUCAUAGACCAGGAUAAAAUCAACUACUAUGCGGAAGUACUGAACUCAAUCAUGCCCGAUCUACAGUUCACGAUGGAAGAGGAAGUCGAGGACAAACUUCCAUUCUUGGAUGUUCUCGUCUGCCGCCAACCAAAUGGCGAGCUAGCGACGUCGGUCUACAGAAAACCGACGAACACGCUGCAAAUUCUCAGCUACAACAGCAACCACCCGCCACAACACAAACGAAGCUGUGUGCGCACGCUGUACCGACGGGUAGAAACUCAUUGCAGCACGCCAGCCGCCAAACUGAAUGAGAUAAAGCUCCUCCGAGAACUUUUCAGAGCCAAUGGCUAUCCACGGGCAUUCAUUGAACGAAGUCGGAGGCAGCCAAAGAAACGGAACGAGGAGCACAGUCAGCCAAACUCGUGGCGGAGCAUUCCGUACAUUAAAGGGGUCUCCGAAGUCGUGGCUCGAUCACUCGCGCCACUCGGAAUAGGUGUUGCCCACAGGCCUGACUCAACAAUCCGCCGGCAAGUGAUGCGGCCGAAAGAUCCGAUCCCUAAGCAAGAGAUGUCGGCCGUUGUCUACCGACUCCAAUGCAGCUGCGGAAGUUGCGACUACGUUGGGGAAACCGGCCGACGGCUGCAAACGCGAAUGCACGAGCAUAAGUUGGCCGUGCGAAGGUUGGACCCAAAGUCGGAGGUAGCAACCCAUGCCGCGCAAAUGGGACACAUCUUCAACUUUGACGCCGUUGAGAUUGUGGGCCGGGGCGGCGACCACACAGCAAGGCAAGUGCAAGAAGCCUGGAUGUCCACCGACCGCUCUGUCAGCCGCCACAUUAAUUUGCCUCCCCCUUAUCUGACUUUACGAACCUUCUUAGCGGGGGACAGUCACGGCGCGGGACAAUCGGGGCCGUCAGUCAUCACCGCGGCCGACGGGGGCGAUUCAGGUAACGGUGACAUGCGGGUUGGAUGCAGCCACACAGGCGGCAUUGGCGGAUCACGCAUUGGACAAAGGGCGCCAUAA